AAUUACACGGAUCAUAUCUAGGUGAUAGUAACGUAGUAGUAGUUGGUUAAUGGCUUCGUCGUCCUCUCUCUGCUUGAUGGUGCUCGUCGCAGCAAUGGCCUCGCCGGCAUCGGCGCAGCUUUCGGCGACGUUCUAUGACACGUCGUGCCCUAGUGCAUUGUCCACCAUCAGGAGCGCGGUGACGGCCGCCGUGAACAGCGAGCCUCGCAUGGGCGCGUCGCUGCUCCGGUUGCAUUUCCACGACUGCUUCGUCCAAGGCUGCGACGCGUCUGUUCUUCUGGCCGGCAACGAGCAGAACGCGAUCCCGAACGCGGGGUCGCUCAGGGGAUUCAGCGUCAUCGACAGCAUCAAGACGCAGGUCGAGGCCGUGUGCAGCCAGACCGUCUCCUGCGCCGACAUCCUCGCCGUCGCCGCCCGUGACUCCGUCGUCGCGCUGGGAGGGCCGUCAUGGACGGUUCUUCUGGGGAGAAGGGACUCCACCACUGCAAGCGAGGCCCUGGCAAAUAGCGAUCUCCCUCCCCCUUCAUCUGACCUUGCAAGCCUCAUCGGCAAUUUUUCCAACAAGGGACUCGACGUGACCGACAUGGUUGCUCUCUCAGGCGCACACACGAUCGGGCAGUCGCAGUGCAAAAACUUCAGGGACAGGAUCUACAACGAGACCAACAUCGACUCCAACUUCGCGACGGCGCUCCAGGCCAACUGCCCACGGGCAACCGGCACCGGCGACGGCAACCUGACACCGCUGGACACGACGACGCCCAACGCGUUCGACAACGCCUACUACACCAACCUGCUGUCGAACCAGGGGCUCCUGCACUCCGACCAGGUGCUCUUCAACGGCGGCAGCACCGACAACACGGUGAUGAACUUCGCGUCCAACCCGGCGGCGUUCAGCAGCGCCUUCGCGACGGCCAUGGUGAAGAUGGGGAACAUCAGCCCGCUGACUGGUACCCAGGGCCAGAUCAGGCUCAGCUGUUCCAAGGUUAAUUAGUGCUAAAUUGUACCCGACCGGGCCCAGUUCAUCGAUUGGCUCGAAUCACCGGCGAUUAGCCAAAAUAAUAAAGAGAACUGUGGAUUAACCGAGCGCCACAGAAUUGCUCAGAUAAUCCUCCGUGCCUACGCAGGUAGGCACAACAGAAAUAAUAACACGUACGUAUAUCCCAAGAGAUAAUUCUUAGUCUGUCGUCACAAUUUAGGGCUUGUUCGGUUAGUUGAGAUUUAAUUCACAAGAGGAAUCUAUCUCAAGAGGGACCGGAUAAACCCCUCAUCCAGUCUCUGUGGAGUUUAAAUCCUCAAGUUUCUCGUAAUCCUUUCCAUAAAAAUAUCAUUUUGUUUUGACAGAGAUUUAUAGAAUGUAGUAGGUUGAGAUUUUACACAUUAUCAUGUAAGAUGAAGAGAUUUUUUCCACACCAUCGAGGAAGAGGAUUAAUUUCUCAGCUAAGACAAUGAAAAAAAAUCCCAGGAUU